AUGUUUACAUUCAAUCAGUUUCUUCAAACUUUAUUAUUUUUUACAUGGUUCCCGAUAAUUAAAGGACAAUGUGGAGAAUAUCCCGAUUUUAAUAACGGAAAAGCAUUAUAUAUACCUACUAACUUUUCUAAACAAUUUGUUGUGGGAACAAUAGUAACACAAAUUUGCCAAACUGGUUAUCUUCCUAAUCUUCCAUAUAUCUCAAUCUGUCAACGAGAUGGAGAGUGGAGCACCACAUUAGGUAAAUGUGUUGCUCUUUUCGGAAAACCGUGCUCUGCAAUCAAGAACAAUUCACUUAAUAUAAUAUAUAUUCCAGCUGGAAUGAACAGUGAAUACGUAGCUGGGACACUAGCAAUCGCACUAUGUCCAUUUGGUACCAUUAUUCAAGGCCCAGUCACAUCAUUAUGCGCAGACGGACAAUGGUCAACAACAUUCGCAAAUUGUAAAGCUUCUUUUUAA